UAAUAAUCUAGGUGUAAAUGAAAAAUUUUAUAGAAUUUUUCUAUAUAAGAGCGACUGCCGAUGGUAGCACCGUCAAAGUUCAAAAUGAAGUUGGUACUUUGUGCAUUGGUGUUUGUGAUACUGUGGCAUUGGACAACGUCCUUUUGUCCCAGCUAUAUCCGUGGUAAAGGCCCGUUAAAACUUACUGCCAGAGUAGCACCUGUUACUGCAGCAGCUACGAUAGAAGACGAAUAUAAAUAUGCUGAACCGGUUAAAAACCUCUCGAAAAGAAAUGUAUUGCACGACUUUGCAAAUGCUAUGAAAAAUGCUACCAACUACGUCGCAAGAAAACUCCAUAUUAUCCAUAAACGAGACAAUAGUAAUAAGACACUGGAAUGCUCAAAAUGUAAAGUGGACAAAGCUGAUGUUAAUGAAAAUACAUUGAACAUCCCGGAGGGAUCUAUAGGAGAUGUUAAUAAUGUCGCAAGUAACUUAAAUUUGGGAGAAACUUACUCGGUCAGAGCAAAAAGAGAUGUCAACAAGCAAAAAAGUUUAACAACUGGAACCCAAAAAGGAGCAAAAGUCAAACCAAAUCAAAUCAAAGAUGCGAUUGAUUUAUCUAAUAAUAAAUUAGAUCCUGAAACUUCUUCUAACGAAUCUACAUUACCAGAACCAGAAGCUGUAAAAACAAGAUCUGCUAUAAAGAGACAUACUACAAAAAAUGAAGUUACAGAACGAAGCAAGGUCCAUAAUCCACAAAGUUCUACUAAAGAAAAAAAAGUAAAUAAAGCUACAGGCAGUACAGAAAAAAGUGUACAUAACAAUAAAACAAGAUCCAGAACAUCUACUCCCAAAGACACCAAAGCAAGGGUACAUAAAGCAAACAAGGACGCUAAGCCUAAUAUUCCUCAUAAAUCCCCUCUCAAAUCAAAUGAACAUAAGCAUGUCCACAAUAUUCAUAAACCUCAUCCUCAAAGGACUCUAAGAAGAAACGACAAUCAAGCCAGGCAUAAAUACAGAUCUUCAGGACCUAGGCAUAAAAGACAGAUAAUAGAUACUAAAUAUCUUAAAGCAGUACAAAAUCUAACAAGGGACCUGAUAUCUGCAGUUACUAAUGCCAUCAAAAUAGAAGUUCAGGCCACAGUUAAUGAAACCAGCAUUAUACCUAUCGUUGAAGUUCCAAGAAGUACUCCCACAGAUAUUUUAAACGAAACCAUAUCUGAAGUAACAGCAACUAUUAAAGCAGCCAAUCAUGCUAACACACCUUCAACUAUAGUAGAUGCAACCAUUACUACAGUAAAAGAACCUCAGGAUGCUAAAAAAAAUGAGGCUUUGGCAACGCAGAUGGUCAAAGAUACUCUAAAGGCUUCUAAAGUAAAUUCUAAAGUAAAAGAUCCAAGUUUGGCUAGAGAAGUUCAAGACAGUUCUAAAAAUUCUGCUACAGAACUUAUAAAAAAUGAAACAGCGGCUACUGCAGUAGCUGAUAUAGUAACUGCAAAUCCAUCAAAAUCGGUAACUACAGAUAUUUUAAACGAAACCAUAUCUGAAGUAACAGCAACUAUUGAAGCAGCCAAGCAUGUUAACACAUCUUCAACAACAGUAGAUACAUCCAUUAAUACAGUAAAAGAACCUCAGGAUGCUAAAAAAAAUGAGGCUUCGGCAACACAGAUGGUCAAAGAUACUGUAAAGGCUUCUAAAGUAAAUUCUAAAAUAAAAGAUCAAAGUUUAGCUAGAGAAGUUCUAGACAGUUCUAAAAAUUCUGCUACAGAACUUAUAAAAAUUAAAACAGCUGCUACAGUAGUAACUGAUACAGCACCUGCAAAUCCAGCAAAAUCGGUAACUGAAGAUAGUACCCUUAUUAAAGUAUAUCAAGAUGGUAACGAAAGGACCAAAAGAGAUACCAACAGACGUAGAAGAGCAAGGAAACCCACAAGAAAUUCUCAUAAAACUAGACCUACUAUGCACCAUCAUCACAAGAGAGAUACUAGAGAUCUGCUUGAUGAAUUUAUUGAAGAAUCCCAAAAUGGUUUACGAACGGCAACUGGAAGAAAACUUUUAACGAUGCUAACACCUUCAAAUGAUAAGGGCGAACAAAACGUUGGUGAUCCGAAAAUUAAUGUUGAAACAAGAGAACCAUGUAUGCCAAAGAUUAACAUUAAUGGUGCUCCACAUCAUAUCAAAUUUGAGGAUUUGCCUAGUAAUAAAUCGACUGAUAAUGAUCACAUUAGAUGUGCUUGUGCCCUAUUCUUUGAAGAUACCGCAGAACAUAAGAGUCCCAUGAUCUCAGAAUUUAUGCUAGAACCAAUUAACUUAAGAGAUGCUGUUAAUUAUAAAGAAAUGUUAUGUUCCAAAGUGUGUUCUAGAGUUUCUGACGUGUAUUUCAGAGAAAAUAAGGUGGUUUUGUGUAGUCAGAUAAAGAACUUUCACCAUAAGCUUCAGGCCAUCAUGCCUAUAAAACACCACUGCAAAGAGGAUGAUGGUAAGGAAACGAUUCUUUGUCAAGUUCUCCCGAAGGAGUCGUCCUCAGAACAUCCACCAUGGGAGUAUAUUAUAUCUUAUAUGCAUAUCAUUUUCAUCGACGUGUUGGUAUGCAUGACUUCCAUAGGUGUAGUUUGUCUGUACCUGAUUUGCUUUGUUGGGAAUAAAAAGCCGAAAUGUGAAAAUAGGUUAACUAUUCCUUUUUAUACAAGGACGUCUACUACUUCUCCUACUUACUCACUUCAGAAAUAGGCCCGCACCUGUACGAGCAAGGCAAGAGCUAAUUUAGUACUUACAUGCUCUGUGGCAGUCAGCUAAAUGGAUUAUACGGUUAAUUGCAGCUUGCCGGGAAUUUUAACCAUAAAUUCUUCCGUAAAUAAAAUGAAAACAGAAAUUAAAUUUUUAGCGCAUUUCUAAAGGGAAACAAAACCACUCUUGCCCGAGUGAGUUUUGGUCGUGGGAAUUGUUAUUCUGGACGCGCAAUUUUCUUUCUAUUUUCUAUUUUCAUAAACGUUCUCGGUUAGGUUUAGGAUUAUUAUAGUGUGUUAUAAACAGUUGCAGUGCAUUUAUACAUUAAACGUCCAAAUGUUCGUCAAAAAAAAUUAUAAAUAUCUUGGAAUGGUCAAGAUAAAAUGUUUUUUUUUUGCUUCUAUUUUUUAUAAUAAAAUGUUUUCUUUCAAAAGUGUUUUAAAAUUACAAAAAAAAAUUAUCAUUUAACUAGAUUUUAGACGCGACACUAUCCAUAUCAAUAUUUCUCUAAAUCAAGUAUUUUUUUAUCAUGCAAUUGGUAUUUUGCUAUGUUUUUUAGAAGUAUUAUUUUACGUAAAUAUACUUUAUAGUCAUUUAAAGUUAUUUUACAAGUAAUUUUUUUAGUCCAUAAAAUUUGUUUGUUUCUUCCAGGCAGUUUAGUUUUUUUUUCGAUAUUUUCAAAAAUAAUGAAGAUUCAAAUACUAAAUCAAAGUAAAUUAUAAAUAGUCUAGAGAAAACUUUCCUAAAAUGGGUACUGCUUUUAUACUUUCUUCCAGGGAUUAAGGUACUUUUUGAAAACUCUUCAAGGAGCUCAGAAAAUUAGUUUAUUCCUUCCAUGUAGUUGAGUUUUCUUCACCAUCCUUUAGUCAUUUCGAAUUUUUCCAAUUAUUUAGGUUUUCUGUUAUAUCUUUUAAUAGUAAGUUUUAAGUUAAGUUUUAAUUUCUCAGAUAGAUCACGCUUUACCAAAAACCUAAUAAGGCUUUUAUGUAAACCAAAACAUUUUUCAGAUAUUUACAGUCAAAGCACUUCUCAGUCAAUAGCAAGUUUCACGCCUGAACAGUUCUCAUACUUCUUCAUAUUUACCUCUUAAAAUAUAUGAAAGUCAUCUAUUAUAUGUAGAAUGCUUCGUUUUCAAGUUCACAUAAUAUGUGAUCAACAACUAAUAAAAUCCAAAGAAGUGACAAGAUCCAUCAUUGAUUUUAUCUUAAACAUUUAUUUGAUAUACACUCGUCUGGUACUUAAUAUCUCAAAGGCUUGGUAUGUCUUCUUCCAGAUUGCUGGAUGUUCCAAGGAAAUGUAACUCCAAAGUUCUAUAACUCACUUUAUUUUUUCCAGGUAGUUAAAUUGCUUCUUCUAAGGUUAAGGUCAAUUUUUACCAGGAAGUUAAAUUGUCUUUUCUAUAGUUUUUUUUAUUCCAGGCAUUUAGGUUUUCUUUUCUUAUAGUUUUUUUAUACCUAUUUUUAAUUUUUCCAAGUAGCUGAGUUGUUUUUCCUAAUUUCUAAAAGAGGCUAAGGCAAUUUUUUAAAUUUUCCAAGCAGUUUAGUCCUCUUUUCCAUUUUUUAACCCUUUCACUGCGCGGUGCUAAAUUGAAGUGGUCGCCCAAAAUUAUCAUUAACAUCGUUUUGUAGUGGACUUCUUUUGGGCAGUGGAUGGAAUGAAAUUUGCAAAGUGUCUUUUAGUUAAACGUAAUUCCGAGUUUUCAUCUAAAACUCCUACCGUACGAGUGGAAACUGGUGUGUGAAAUUUCGCGAUAAUUUGUUUAAUCAGCAUUAGAUGAAAAUCUUCAAUUGACACAUAAUGCACGGUAUUGCAUUUAUAUAAUUGGUAGGCAUUUAAAACCGUGCAAUCUAAUUUUUGUACCAUUUCAUUGAUUUUCGAACGCACUCUACAGAAGAAAGGAGCAUAUCUGAUUUAUCGACGGGACCCAUGUGUUGAUUAUAAUUAACAAUGCAGCUGGGUUUCAUGAUCCUUCUUCCUGUUUGAUGGUCUGUCUUUCCUGUCUCCUCGACGUCAGGUUUAUGGCAACUUGACAACAUGUUAACUUCCCUUUUAUCUUGCCAUCUUACUGCAAGCAGGUUUUCAGUAGAUCUAUAAGUAAACUCACCCUUUUGUAACUUCUCUGUGAAUUUGGCAUGUUUUUCCUAUUAUUCGUCACAGUACCACAAGCGGUUGUCUUGCUUUUAUACAACGACUCAAACAAAUUGGGGCUAGUGUACCAAUUAUCCACGAAUAAGGUGUGACCCUUUUCUAGGUAAGACUCAAGUAAAGUCAUUACUAUGCUGCCAGAUUUUCCAAUAUCAGCUCCAUCAAAUUCCUUUACAUUUGUCGAGGCACCAGUGUAGACAAUAAAAUCAAGUAUAUCACCCGUGUCAGUAUCGCAUAAUAAAAAAAAAUUUACUCCAAACCGGUGUCUUUUCGAUGGCAUAUAUUGUCGAAAAAAAACUCUAGCUCUAAAAAGUAACAAACUUUCGUCAAUACAAAUAUUCUUGAAUGGACAAAAUGCUUCUUUGAAUUUAUUUUUUAGAUGGUCGACAACUAACCUUACUUUCUGCAAGGAAUCUUUUUCUUCAGGUAAGGGACCAUUAUUAUCAGUGAAGUGAAGUAAUUUCGUUAUUAGUAAUAAUCUGUCUCUUUUCAUAAGUCUGCUAAAAAUUGGGGUUUUGAUAAAUUCAUCAUUUGACCAAUAAUAGUUUAAUUUGUUUUUCUUUACAUGUGGCAUUAGUAAUGCUACAGCAAAGUAAGAGUACAUCUCCUUAUAUUCCACUGGCCGCCACCUCUUGAUACGUGAAUGUUCAGAUUGGUCUUGCAAUAAUAAAUAGUCGUAAUAUUUAUUAGUUUCGGCCGCUAUUUGUUCCACUAACUCUUGGGUAAAAAAAAAUUCAAAAUAUUUUAGAGCUGGAUGUACCUUUGGGUCAAAAGCCUUAGUUGUCCAUAAAAAGCUUCUCUCACUUUGAAACGCUGCAGCGUGCACUGGUUGAUCACUACUGCUGUCUGAAUCUUCACUUGACUCCACUAAGUUUGUUCUAUUCGAAAAAAACUCCUCAAUAUUAUUUUCUUCAGCGGGCGUUAUAAUGAUGUCAUCGUCUGGCCAAUUGUCUUCAUUCUAGAAGAUAAAAAACCAAUGUAGAAACAAGUAGAUCGCGUACAUCUCAUAAUUACAAAAUAUAAAUUAAUAAACCUUUUUUUCUGUACUUACGUCAAGCUCCAUCGGCUCAUCAAUCUCGUCAUAUUCACUAUCACUCCGAGCUAAUAUCUCUUCCAACUCCCUAUCUGUUAAAUCGUUUUUAGACAUAAUUAUCUCACUAACUAAAAGCUAGAAAAACCGAUGAAAAUGCCAAAUAAACAAACAAACGUACUGGUAAAUAGCGGAACACUACACUAGAUUAUUACGCCACAAGACCUGUUACAUCAUAUCCCUAUCCUUCGGAUACUUUGCGCAAGUCCCGCGUCCCGCGGCGGCAGCAUGCGGUCGAGAGAGGCACGAAAACAACGCUUGCAAAUAUAUUCGUCAGGAGCAGUCCAAUCCUACUUUUAUUAGCGAUGCGAGUUUACUCGUCUAGAGCAGUUUUACGGCAUAGCGAAUAAAUUCGUCCAGAGCAGUUAAAGGGUUAAAAGUGGUUAAAAUCAUUCUUUUCCAGCCAGUUGCAUUGUUAAAGCGAUUUUAAACUUUUUGCUAAGUAGUCACAUUUAUUUCUGACUUUCUUUUAUACAAACCAAAAAUAAUGACGAUUUAAAUACAAAAUUAUAAAUAUUCUGACAAAAAUGUAUCUAAAGCGGAAAAAAUAUAUACUUCAUAUACAAAUAAAAACCAAUAAAAGUUAAGUACUUUAAUUACUUUUUUUAAAUAAAAUACAAACUUAAUUAAACUAUGGUCGAUGUAAACUGUCUAUGGUACUAAAUUAUUAUUUUUAGUGACACAUUUUUUAUUUUAAUUUAAUCAUAAAAAAUUAAUUUCGUCUAUAGGGUUGCUUUUUAUAUUAAUUAAAAGUCAUUCACGAAAGCAAUUUAAUUUCAUCCUUAUUCACACAGUUUUAAAAUUAAAUUAACAAAUGUCAUUUAAUUAAUUUAUUAUUUAUUGAUUAAUUCUUUACUUUGAAUUAAUAAGGCUGUAAAAAAAUGAUCAAAAUUAAAGACUAAAAUAAGUUAGGAAAGUUAAUAUUCAAAUAUGAUAAAACGGUUUAAACGGUAUUAAUUUUAAUUAUUUAUAGCGUAAUCAUUUGUAAAUAUCUAUAGAGCUAUUUUAUUCAUUAAUAAUAAUAAAAUGUGUGACAAAAGAGAAAUUAAUAAUGAAAUAUAAUCAAAAUCAAGGACAGGAAAAGCAAAUUGUGAUAUAUAUGAUGUACAGUUCUAUGCAAAUGAAGCUUAAUACCAUUAUUUAUUAAAAAAAAACAAUAAAAAAAAAUAAAAAUAUUUAUUUUUCCAUAAGAUUAGUGAUAAAUUAUGAAAGUGCCUCAAACAUAUUUGAAAAUUACUGCCAAUUUAAUUUAUUUUAUUGUCAAUCAAGUUGCUUUAUAAAUGGUCAAACAUGACAAAUUAUAUUUAAAAUAACAGAAAAGUUCCUUAAAUUAAAUUAAUUAGUUAAUAGAAGUAACUAUUAAAACCAAAGAGAGAAUCAGGGGAAGGAAAUUGUGAUAUAUCUGAUAAGAAAAAUUGGGGUUUCGAAUUAAAUUAUGUUUAGGAUGAGAGAGAAAACAAAUGAUUCAUUAUUUUAUUAAAAUUUUAUUCCUUCUUUUUUACUAUAAUUUAAAUCAUUUUUAACAUUUAUUAUACCUCACAUUCAUCGAACAAAAGUUAUUUUAGUAAUAAUUAUAGGAUAAUUUAGACCAAAGCUAGUUAGAUUAAAAUUGUAUAAUAUUAUAGGACAAAAUGUAUAUAAUUAAAUAUUAAUGUAUAUAAUACUAAUACAGUAGUUUUAGACUGAUAGAAUUAAGGUACAUAGGCAAACUGUAUAUAGCUUUAGUAAUAAGUAUAUCAAUAAGAAAUUAAUAACGACAUAAUUAUAUAAUUAACUCUUAAGCAUUUGUACAUAUCUUUUGUUCAUUCUUAAUAAGACUUUUGUCAGUAAUAAAAAGUAGCCCCUUAUAUCUAAAUAAUAUAUAAUAUUUUCUGUAUAUAAAUCUUGCUUUGCACAGAUAGUUUACUGAGACCUGGUAAUAUCCAAAAGUCUUUUAAGUAAAUAUUGAUACAUAGGUACAUGUUUGCAUUAGUCUGACUCUAGUCAAAUGUUUAAAUAAUUAUUGGAAUUUUAAAUUUAGAAAUUACUUAUUUAAUAGUUAUUAAAUUAAAUGGGCGUUAAAAUAGUAUAAAUGCAAUGCAACUUUUAAACAUAAAUGGAUUUAAUGGUAUGACCUAGGCUUUGUUUAAUGGGAUACGAUUUUUUUAUAUGUUUUAUUUACUAAUCUAUGAGCAAAUGAAAAAAACAUAAGUUAUAUAACUUAUACAAAAAUAUACUAACACAUAAGCACGUAAAAUAGGCAAAAAAUAAAUGCAAUGCAAUUUUUAAACAUAAAUGGAUUUAAUGGUAUGACCUGGGCUUUUUUUAAUGGGAUACGAUUUUUUUAUAUUUUAUUUACUAAUUUAUGAGCAAAUAGAAAAAUAUAAGUUAUAUAACUUAUACAAAAAAAAUACUAACACAUAAGCACGUAAAAAAAUCACAUACAGUUGUACUUACUUAUAUGCUUAUAUUUAAAAUUUAGCUUUAAGUAAGUAUUUUAGUAUUUGAUGCAAAAAAAAUGAGCACAAAAAUAAAUUUAAUAAAUUAUUUUCAAAUUUA